CACGCCUUAUAGUCUUUCAAAUAUGUUUUAUCCAAAAUCACCUUUUAUACGUUAUCCACUUGUCGAAUCACAAUUAUGUAAGGGGAAUCUUACAUUGUUAGAUGACCUACUGCCCUGGUUAUGUAGGGCGCCAUCUGUCACCACAUAUCGUGUGAAUCUGUUAAAAACAACUCAGGAAACUUUUAAGACUCACGUCGAACAAAUACUCAAAAACCGCUAUAACAAUCCACCUAAAGUUUUUUCCCUUCCCGACCUUCCAGAAGUUGUUUGUAUAUCACCAACAGAUCAUGCGCCAAAUCCCAUACAUGAGCAAAAGGAAAUAAUUGUAGAUAGUUGUUGUGGUGCCGCUAUACUCAGGGGCGCACAUAUUUAUAGCAUUGGUGUGUUGGGUAUGGAAUCGGGCACUCAAGUUGGCGAUGUGGUAAAUGUGUAUGCUGAUCUAGCUGGAAAAUGUAAAAAGGGUUCCAAUGUUCGUUAUGAAUCCGAUCAAAAAGUAUAUUUGGGUCAAGGUAAAGUACUCAUGCAACGAUAUCAAUUGUACAGACCUGAAGGUCCUCAGGCGGGGGUUGCAAUUGAAAUGUUGAACACCAUAUCGGGUGUGCCAUCAAUUGGCGAUUUAAGUAGCACAGAAGCUUUACUGCAAAAUUUACCAUCCAUUAUUUGUGCCAGAUCACUAAACCCCCAAGAAAAUGAAACCAUUUUGGAUAUGUGUUCAGCGCCUGGGAACAAAACCACACAUCUGGCUGAACUUAUACACAAUCGUGGAGUUAUAGUGGCCUUAGAUAAAACAGAAUCCAAAAUCAAAUUGGUUCAGGAAAAGAUAUGUAAAAAUGGGUUAAGUUGUAUAAAAGCCUAUGCCCACGAUUCAACACAGGCUCAUUCGGAAACUAUUCAGGAAAAUGAUGUUGAUUUUAAACCACCAUUUAAGGCCAAAACAUUCGAUCGUAUAUUAUUGGAUGCUCCCUGCAGUGCUUUAGGAAAUAGGCCAAUGCUGUCGAGCAGUAUAUCUCCAAAAAUGUUGGAUUCCUAUCCCAAAGUUCAAAAACGUUUGUUUACAAAUGCGGUGGCGCUAUUGAAAGAUGGUGGCACUUUGGUUUACAGUACAUGCACAAUAAAUUUGGAAGAGAAUGAAGAAAUUGUAGUUUGGGCUUUGAAAACAUUUCCCGAAUUGGAAUUGGUAGCCAUUGAGCCCUCGUAUGGAGGUAGCGGUUGGAGCUGUGAUGGACUGUUAGAAGAGGAUCGUAAGAAGUUGCAACGCUUUGGUCCUACCAAUCAAAAAGACAUAGACACGGUUGGAUUUUUUAUAGCAAAGUUUAUCAAAAAAUGUUAA